AUGCCUGUUUCGAGAGUGGAAAAACGACGGAGUGGAACAUUUAGGCCGUUCCCUUCGACAUCCAGUCCGUUGAAGCGCAGCGAUGUUGUUAUGAAUCUUGACCAAACGCCUCUUCGAAGCCCUUCGGCCAAGCGACGUAGCGUGCAUGGUGCCAGCUUCACCUCAGACUUUAACCUGUUUGAAGCUGAAAACAGCAUAGGAAGCACACCAGAUAAACAACCAAAUCAAACCGAAAGCGAUCCUGCCAUCUCGAAUCUCUCUCAAGUAUCGUCCAACGUUUCUGUGAUCCCGAAACGCUCAUCGUCUCUCAGGAAAUCUACUCUCCAACAACGGCAAUCGGAGCGGUCCCUGUUUUCUCGUGCUAGAGCGGGUACUGAGAAUGACACCGAAUCCAUUCCAAACAGCCCGAUUUUUCUACGGAGCAACCAACCGAAAUCCUUUGAUGGCCACCUCUUUUUCUCCGUGCCUCGUGACGGCUCUUCCUCCAGUCAUAUUUUUUCCAAUCCUUCUGCCACACUUUUUUCAUCACACGCGAACCACAAAUCAACUCAGACUCCGCAUCCUGCUCCCCAUCCACUCUCGAGAACCAUUACACAGUCUUCGUCUAGUUCUAGCCUCGUUGACGAUUCGCCAACACAUGGGCCGAUCAACAGGUUUGAAAAGCCAAGGCCCAUCCUGAAUUUCUCCAAGUCGCUUCCGACUGGUUCGACACGGCCAGUUGGGCCCAGUCAACUAAGUCAGGAGAAUCCAGACACAUCUACGGAGUCAUUCGCGACGCCUGAAAACUAUAAGCUUGUGAAACCCCUCCCAGCGGCUUUUAUGUCCACGGGUCUCAUCUCCAAGAAAAACCGCAACGUGGAUGAUGUCCAUAACGUAUCUAUUACCAGCAAAAAUAUGCCCGACACCCCAUGUAAACGGCCACUCAAUAUGUUUCCAGGUGUUCAUAAGCCAUUACCCCAGUCAGCAACCGAAAAGACGAGAUCGAAUGGCCCUUCAUCUGGAACCCCUUGGACACCUUUCACUCAGCAACAUUCUACCGCAUCUCCUCACCCGGGUCCCUUUUCCAAAGGCAUGAGCAUUUUUGGCAAUUUCUAUGCAAAGUCAACUAUCUCGCGUCGUGGUAGCUUCAUCAGUGUGGAUGGAGACGACCUUUCCCAGUCUCAAUCGCCUUCUAGGAAAAAUGAUUCCCAGUCAACCAACGAUACCGAACUGCCCCCUACCCCCACAAAACAAACAUUUUUCCCCAGUGGCAGCCAUUUCUCUAAAUCACGCCCUCAUCGCCCUACCCACAGUCAAACACCUUCAUUCGAUUCGUUAUGUGGCCCUUCCGGACCCUGUUCAAGCCCUCUUGGAAAUAAAUCAUUGGGACGAGACUCCCCCCACACCCCACAAGAACACAUUUUGCCCCCCGAUCCAAGCGGCUUAUCGAUAUCAGCCCAAGGCGACCGGAGAUCCAACCCGCAAGAUCAUCGUUCAUCAGUGCUACCAGCAACGCCAACUGCUCCACGCGAGUACUUUGCACCAGUUGGGAAAAAAGCAAGUCUUUCUCUGGGCGGUUACAACGCACCAGAUAUAGACCCAAGCCUUACGUCUCGUUUUGAGAAGGUUGAAUUAGUGGGGACAGGGGAAUUCUCGCAGGUAUAUCGCGUCACUGAACCGCAAUCAACGACACCAUUUGGAUCACCAUUCCAGCCGACCUCCUUCUCGCAAACCCAUGAAAAACAAAACAAAACAACAGCAGUAACUCGUGCUGAACGGGUGUGGGCUGUGAAAAAGUCUAAUCAACCGUGUACGGGUCCAAAGGAUCGAGAACGCCGGAACAAUGAAGUUGUCGCCUUGAAAGCGCUGGCUAAUUGCGACUAUAUCAUUUCCUACGCCGACAGCUGGGAAUACAACAAUAUCCUAUAUAUCCAGACGGAAUUUUGCGAAGAAGGGAGCCUAGACUUGUUCCUGUCACAGGUGGGACUUAAGGCCAGGCUUGAUGAUUUUAGAAUUUGGAAAAUACUGCUUGAGUUGUCGUUGGGCCUCAAACACGUCCAUGAUUCUGGGUUCAUCCACCUGGAUUUGAAACCGGCGAAUGUUUUAAUAACCUUUGAAGGUGUCCUCAAGAUCGCGGAUUUUGGAAUGGCAAGCCGUUGGCCGGCUGCUGCUGGUAUUGAGGGCGAAGGGGAUCGUGAAUAUAUCGGCCCUGAAGUCCUUAUGGGAUGUUAUGACAAGCCUGCUGAUAUAUUUGCCUUGGGAUUGAUCAUGUUUGAAAUAGCAGGGAACGUGGAGCUUCCCGACAACGGCGUAUCAUGGCAAAAGCUUCGCAACGGCGACAUGAGUGAUGUUCCUAGUUUAACGUGGAGCCUAGAAACUAGCAAAAUACUCCGCGAUGCCUCUGGAAACCCACUCCCCGACAACAAUUGCACCUUUGAGCAGCUGUGUGCAUCCGACUCUGACGAACAACAACACUUUACCGACUCGCACUCUGUCAUUGGACACAACAGCAUCAAUGGCAAUGACCUUAGCCCAUUUGGUUCGUGUGGAAAGCAACCCUUCUCAUACGUUCGACGCGGUGAGCUCGCUGAGCCUCCAGAUUUUAUGAUCGACGCCACGAAUGAGCAGGCACUAGACACCAUCGUUCGAUGGAUGAUAUCGCCCGAUCCGGCCGAUCGGCCCAUUGCGGACCAAAUUAUCCAAACGUUCGGUGUACAAUGGGCUGAACGGCGGCGCCGAGCUGGAGCUACCAUCUAUGAAGGGAACUGGGGUCCUGCGGAUGAAGUUCUGGCGGAAGAUGCGGAGAUGAUUGACGUUUGA